AUGAUGUUGGAACAUUCUUACGAAGCGCUGAUCGAUGCAGGAAUUAAUCCAAAAAUAUUACGAAGAAAGAAUACUGCUAUAAUUGUAGCAGUAACUUAUUUCGAAGCUCAAAAAAUUCUUCUAUAUCGAGACAUACAGGUACAUGGUAAAAACCUUACUGGUUGUGCAAAAAAUAUAGCGGCAAACCUAAUUUCUCAUUGGCUUGAUGUCAAAGAACCAUCUGUCGUAAUUGAUGCAGCUUGCAGUUCAGGCGUUCACGCAAUAGCAGUUGGUCAAUCGUACAUCAAAUCCGGUCAAUGCGAAGAUGCAUUAAUUCUAGGAACAAAUUUAUGUUUAACUUACCCGAUGACUCUGCAAUUUGCUCGCCUCGGUGUUUUGUCACCAACUGGAAGAUGCAGACCGUUUGAUCGUAAAGCAAACGGUUACUGUCGUUCAGAGACAAUAGCAGCGAUAUAUUUGCAGAAAGCAAAGCAUGCAAAACGCAACUAUGCUACAUGUAAACAUAUCAAAUUAAAUAGCGACGGAUAUAAAGACGAAGGAAUAACAUUUCCUUCUAAAUACGCUCAAAAAGUUUUGUUAACAGAAUUUUACGCAGAAUGUGGUAAUAUGUCAGCAAAAGAUUUAGAUUAUAUCGAAGCGCACGGUACCGGUACGAUAGCUGGCGAUCCACAGGAGAUUGACGCAAUCUGUAAUGCUCUAUGCAAAGAUAAGAAAUCUUCGUUACUGAUCGGUUCUGUAAAAUCCAAUCUAGGUCAUUCAGAGUCAUCUAGUACUUUUAAGAGGAUGCUGAACCUUCCUGUUUUAUCACUGCUGUUGCUAUCACAACUUACUCUGCAACCAUUGAUCGAAAUAAAAAACGCUUCUCCAGAAUAA